AUGCCCAUUCCGCCGCCGAUACCCUCAACCGCCGCCUCCGCCGCCGCAAAUGCUGCUCUAGACAGACUUUCACUCUGCAAAACACUUAGCCACGUCAAGCAACUCCAUGCGCAUAUCCUGCGUACAGUUUCCGACCAUCGCCUCAGCUCUUUUCUCUUCAACCUCUCCUCUUCUUCCUCUAUCAGUUUCAGUUACGCUCUCUCCCUCUUCUCAUCUAUCCCAUCUCCGCCGGAAUCCAUCGUGUUCAAUCCCCUUCUCCGGAAUCUCUCUCGUUCCGGCGAAUUCAGAGCGACGAUCCUGUUUUACCAGAGGAUUAGACAUGCCGGUGGUCGUCUCGAUCAAUUCAGUUUCCCUCCGAUUCUUAAAGCAGCCUCUAAAGUCUCGGCCUUGUUAGAGGGUUUGGAGCUUCACGGCGUUGCGUUGAAGAUGGCGACACUCUCUGACCCGUUUGUACAGACUGGUCUCAUGGACAUGUACGGUUCUUGCGGAAGAAUCGUCGAGGCGCGCAACAUGUUCGACGAAAUGUCGCAGAGAGAUGUUGUUACGUGGAAUACUAUGAUUGAGAGGUAUUGCCGAUGCGGGCUUGUAGAUGAAGCUUUCAAGCUUUUUGAGGAGAUGCAGAGUUCUAAUGUGAUUCCAGAUGAGAUGAUUCUCUGUAACAUUGUAUCCGCGUGUGGUCGUGUUGGAAACACGAGCUAUAACAGAGCGAUUUACGGUUUCUUGAAAGAGAAUGAUGUUAGGAUGGACAAUCAUUUGCUGACUGCUCUUGUGAAUAUGUAUGCUGGAGUAGGCUGUAUGGAUAUGGCAAUGGAGUUUUAUAUGAAGAUGCCAGUGAGGAACUUGUUCGUUUCGACUGCUAUGGUUUCAGGGUUUUCGAAAGCUGGGAGGCUCGACGAAGCCAGGGAUGUAUUUGAUCAAAUGAGAAAGAAAGAUUUGGUGUGUUGGACUACGAUGAUCUCAACUUAUGCUGAAAGUGAUCAUCCUGAAGAAGCUUUAAGAAUUUUCGAGGAAAUGCGUCUCUCUGGAGUAAAACCUGAUGAGAUUACCAUGUGUAGUGUUAUAUCAGCUUGUGCGAAUCUCGGAGCUUUAGAGAAAGCGAAAUGGGUUCACGAGUACACACAUGUUAAUGGGUUUGAAUCGUCAUUGACAGUAAAUAAUGCUCUCAUUAACAUGUAUGCGAAGUGUGGACGUUUGGAUGCAGCGAGAGAUGUGUUUGAGAAGAUGCCAACGAAGGAUGUAGUGUCGUGGAGCUCUAUGAUCAAUGCGUUUUCUAUGCAUGGAGAAGCCGAUGAUGCACUUACCUCGUUUGCUCGAAUGAAGCAGGAAACUGUCGAGCCCAAUGCUGUUACUUUUGUAGGAGUGCUCUACGGUUGUAGCCACUCAGGAUUAGUUGAAGAAGGCAAGAAGAUCUUUGCAUCAAUGACUGAUGAAUACAACAUUACUCCAAAACUCGAGCAUUAUGGAUGCAUGGUUGAUCUGUUUGGCCGUGCUAAUCGCUUACGAGAAGCUCUUGAAGUUAUAGAAUCAAUGCCAAUGGCGCCUAAUGUUGUCAUCUGGGGAUCUCUGAUGUCAGCUUGCAGAGUCCACGGCGAGAUUGAGUUAGGUGAAUAUGCAGCUAAACACAUCCUCGAGCUGGAACCUGAUCAUGACGGGGCUCUUGUGCUAAUGUCCAAUAUCUACGCGAGAGAACAGAGAUGGGACGGUGUAAGGAACAUAAGACGUGUAAUGGAGGAAAAGAAUGUGUUCAAGGAGAAAGGUCUUAGCCGGAUUGACUUAAACGGGGUUUCUCACGAGUUUCUCAUCGGUGACAAGAGGCAUAAGCAAUCAGAUGAGAUUUAUGCGAAGCUAGACGAGGUUGUAAGUAGACUAAAGCCGGCCGGUUACGUUCCAGACUCUGGUAGUGUAUUGGUGGAUGUAGAGGAGGAAGAAAAGAAGGAUUUGGUUCUUUGGCAUAGCGAAAAGCUCGCGCUUUGCCUCGGUUUGAUGAGUAUGGACAAAGAAGAGAAAGGCUCGAGCGUUGUUAUUAGGAUAGUGAAGAAUCUGAGGGUUUGUGAGGAUUGUCACACGUUCUUGAAGCUGGUCUCUAAAGUGUAUGAACGGGAGAUCAUAGUGAGAGAUCGAACUAGGUUUCACAGAUAUAUAAACGGCUUGUGUUCUUGUAGAGAUUACUGGUGACUCAAAGUGCUGAU